UGACUUCUGACAUUCAACGCCCCGCUUCUGAAGUGAUUAGCGAGAAGACUUGGGUUGUUGGGAACUCGCUGGUCAGCAUCCGAGCCCUGGCCAAGAAUGGCUGGCUUGAAGUUGUGGCACGUCGGCCUUCUGGUCUGACCAAAAUCUUAGCACGUAUUGAAAAUGUACCGAUGGUCGGUCCGGGCGAGGUCGAUCCUGACUUCAUCUCAAUUCCUGCCAUCCUUGCCAUGAGCCGAGCUCUGACAUCUGAGGACGAUCCUGUCUAUCAGGAAGUGAUAGAGACUCUUUAUCCCUCAUCGUACGAAGAUUCCACGGAGGAGCCUCUUCGUCCAGAUCCUAUCACCGGCUAUGUUUGGCAGGGCACUGCUCCUUCACAGCGCCGCAAGGAAGUUGCCAUAGACCCUGCUUACUUCGCACUACAGCUCUCCCCAUAUCCGGAUAAUUAUGGGAAAGGACGUAGCAAAGUGGUUGACACAUCAACUCUUCCAGCCUUUAUCCGCAACCUCGAUAGAAUACCCGUUAUUGAUACACACAAAGUUGGGAUCAUGUAUGUCGCUCCCGGACAAGGCCAUGAAACCGAUAUUCUGGCCAAUACUCAUGGAUCUCCCGCAUAUGCUCGUUUUCUGGAAAGACUUGGCCGGUUGAUUAAUUUACGCGGUCAGAAGGAUGUUUAUGCAGGUGGCCUUGAUCCCGACGAAGAUGGCGAGUAUGCGUAUGCCUGGUGGGACGAUAUCGGCCAGAUCUUGUAUCACACAGCGACCCUGAUGCCCAAUCACCCUAACGACCCUCAAUGCAACUUUAAGAAACGCCAUAUCGGGAAUGAUUUUGUUCGCAUCGUCUGGAAUGACUCUGGACUGCCAUACAGAUUUGAUACACUGACCACUCAGUUCCAGUUCGUCAAUAUCGUCAUAGAGCCGCAUUCAUUAGGAGCCAUCGCAGCAUUCUCCAACAACCUGCAUGAGAAUGAAUAUUUCCGGGUGACGAUUCAACGUGCGGCAGGCAUGACAGAAUUUACUCCUGUCGGAAAUUUCAAGCUCAUCUCCGCCGAAAAUCUUCCUCUGCUUGUGCGGCAACUCAGUCUGCUAGCCGACUGGUUUGCCUCAGUCUUUCAAUAUACAAACAAUGAUACCGUUCGCGUGGAAAAGCGGACGAACUGGCAGGAACGUCUAGAGUCGAUCAAGCGCUUCCGAGAUCAGAUGCCAGCAGCUGCGCCGACCGACCCUGUUGAUGGUAUCUUGCAGCAAGAGACGUAUCGGGAUUUUACAAUGGCCUUUUGA